AUGCCCAAAUCCCCCCCACCCCCACCAUCCCCCAAACCCCCUCCUUCCCCCCUCCCUCCCCCCUCCCUAACCUCCUCCCUCCCCCUCCCCACCCUCAUAGUCUUCGACCUCGACUACACCCUCUGGCCCUUCUGGCCCCUCUCCUCCUCCACCACACCCCCCUACACACACGCAGCGCGCGACAAGCACGGCGAGGAAUUCAGUUUCUACCCGCACGUGCCGGCGCUUUUGGCGGCGCUGGAUGCGCAUCCGAGGGUUAAGGUGGCGGCGGCGAGUCGGACGAGCGCGCCGGAGGUGGCGAGGGAUUUGUUGAGGAUGUUGCAGAUUCCGUGGUUUGAUGUGCCGGCCCCGCCACCAUUGGAGGCAGGGGACGACGCGUCCUCAGCCGGUUCAACAUCAAAAAAAGCUCGGGAGAAGGAGAAGGCCAGGGAAAAGGCGCUAGGAAAAGAAAGGGGGGCGGGAGGUGGGAAGGCUCGGAAGGCGAUAGAGUUUUUCGGGCACAUGGAGAUUUAUCCUGGGAGUAAGAAGAAGCAUUUUGCGCGGCUGAGGGAGACGACGGGGGUGGAGUUUGGGGAGAUGCUGUUUUUUGACGAUGAGAAGAGGAAUAGGGAGGUGGAGGAGUUGGGGGUGACGAUGUGGUGGGUGCCGGAUGGGUUGGAUGGGGGGGAGUUUGAGAGGGGGGUGGGGGAGUGGAGGAGGAGAAGGGGGGUGGAGGGGAAGUGA